ACUCAGUUGAAGUUUGGAAACAAACCGACGAUUAAUGCGAAAGUGAGUCAAACGGUUACUCUUAAUCCGACACAAAAGGCACAGAAAAUCAUAGGAAUCGGAGGUUCGAUGACAGACAGCACCGGAUUCAACAUCAGAGCACUUCCGGAAGCCCUUCAGAACCACUUAAUUAGAGACUACUUCUCCAAUGAGGGACUCGAAUACAACUUAAUCAGAGUUCCCAUCGGAGGCUCAGACUUCUCAACCCAUGCCUACACUUAUGAUGACAACCAUACCGACGAUUUUGAUUUAACACACUUCAGUCUUACAGAUGAUGACCGCAAUUAUAAGAUACCAUAUAUGAAAAUGGCUUCAAAAGUAAGCCCAUAUAAAGUGAAAUACUUUGGGAGUCCGUGGGCAGCCCCUGCCUGGAUGAAAAAUAACAGUGAACUGAUACAUGGCGGAUUUCUUGACGCUUAUAAGUCCAAUGGACUCGACUUCUGGGGCAUUACUAUAGAGAAUGAGCCCAAAGCUGGCGACCAAAAGCAGGGGCUGCCCACGGACUCCCAAAGAAUUUAA